AUGCCGCCAUCUGCCGACUCGAAUGCCAUCAAGCUCGUGGGCUUCAAGAACUUCCAGCAGUACAAUCCACGCACGGACCGGUUCGAUGUGCACAAGUUCCACCACGUCGAGUUCUACUGUACGGACGCGACGAAUGCGUCCCGUCGCUUCGCGUGGGGCCUGGGCAUGAGCCACGUCGGCAAGUCGGACCAGUCGACUGGCAACCACGUAUCGGCGAGCUACGUCAUUCAGAGCGGGGAGGUCAAGCUCGUCUUCACUGCUCCGUACGCCCUGGAGACGGACAAGGCACCGGAAGCCGUGAGUCCCCUGCCAGGCUACGACCCGGAGUUUGCCCAGAAGUUCGUGCUGAAGCAUGGCCUGGCUGUCCGUGCAGUGGGGAUUCAGGUCGGAGACGCUCAAGUCGCCUACGAGCUCUCGGUCCAGAAUGGCGGAGUGGGUGUACAGAAGCCCCAUACGCUCACGGACAAGGCGUCGGGCAAGUCGACGACGAUCGCCGAGGUGCAACUCUACGGGGACGUUGUGAUCCGAUGGAUCAGUGGGGACUUUGACGGUGGCUUCGUGCCUGGCUAUGACACCUGCGAGUGUCCCGAUGCGAGCAUCGGCAUCCAGCGUCUCGAUCACUGUGUGGGCAACGUGCCCAAGCUGCUGGACGCAGUCAAGUACGUUGCCGGCUUCACGGGUUUCCACGAGUUUGCCGAGUUCACGGCCGACGACGUGGGCACGAUGGACUCGGGGCUGAACAGCAUGGUGCUGGCCAGCAACAACGAGAUGGUGCUGCUCCCGAUUAAUGAGCCAACGUAUGGCACGAAACGCAAAAGUCAGAUCCAGACGUACUUGGAGCAGAACGUCGGCGCGGGGCUGCAGCACAUGGCGCUCAAGACCAACGACAUCUUUUACACGUUGGCGGAAAUCCGGAAGCGGAGUCACCUGGGCGGCUUCGAGUUCAUGCCCAAGCACAACAAGGUCUACUACGAGCAGAUGCCAGAGCGCAUUGGUGACGCCUUGACCAAGGAGCAGUACAAGCAGAUCGAACAGCUCGGUCUACUCGUCGACAAGGACGAACAAGGCAUUCUGCUGCAAAUCUUCACCAAACCUCUGGGCGACCGCGCAACUGUCUUCUUUGAGAUCAUCGAGCGAGUUGGGUGCAUGCGGGACGUUGCCGGGCGCCUUGAGCAGGCUGCGGGUUGCGGAGGAUUCGGCAAAGGCAAUUUCACGGCGCUGUUCAAGUCCAUUGAGGAGUACGAAAAGUCCCAACUAAAUGUCUAG